CUCACCUCCACCAGUAAAUCCAACCAACCAACAAAACAAACCACCAAAAUGUCCACCCCCAGCUUCAUCUCCAUCAACAAGCUCGCCCACACCCGCGUCCUCAUCAUCGGCGGCACCUCCGGCAUCGGCUUCGCCGUCGCCCGCGCGGCCCUCGAACACGGCGCCAACAUCAUCAUCUCCAGUUCCAACCCAGAGAAAGUCUCCUCGACCAUCUCGCGUCUCCAAACCCUCUACCCGAUCCCAUCCUACACCGAGCGCAUCACCGGCCAACCCUGCGACUUGGGAGACCAAUCCACCCUCGAAACCAACCUCGUUUCGCUCCUCGAGCACGCUACAUCUCCUUCCCUGUUCCCCAACACCACCACCCCAACCAAAGAAAAAAUCCCACUCAACCACAUAAUCUACACCGCCGGCUCCCGCCCCGAACGCACGCUCAUCUCCUCCCCCGAAAUCAACGCUUCAAGUUACGCCGCCUCCGGCACCCUCCGCGUCCUAGCCCCCAUGCUGAUAGGCAAACAUGCCAAAACCUACCUCCUGGACCACUACACCUCGUCGGUGACAUUCACAUCGGGGGUUCUGGCUGCGAGACCGGUGCCUGGAUUGGUGCUUAGUGCUGCGGUGACGGCGACGGCGCUGGAGGGGUUGACGAAGGGGUUGGCGGUGGAGUUGGCGCCGAUAAGAGUGAAUGUGGUUGCGCCGGGAGCGGUGGAGACGGAGAUUUUUGAUGGGUUUGGGGAUAAGAGGGAGGUGUAUGUUGAGGGGUUUAGGAAGGGGACGUUGACGGGGGAGGUGGGGAGGCCGGAGGAUGUGGCGGAGGCGUAUGUGUGGUGUAUGAAAGAUGGGUUUGUGACGGGCAAAGGGUUGGGAGUGAUGGGGGGGCGUUGUUGA